UGCUGUAUUCAAAUGAGCGCGUGACGUAGCGGAGCACGCAGCUGGACAUCAAAGAGGAUAAAAGCGGCUGUCCACGGCUGCUUAAGCUCUUUUAGCCAGAGCAGAUUGAGUGUUUGUGCGUCUCUUUCAUCGGUGACCGGAUCAGGAAUGAGUUCAGCACCGCGGACAGCGACGGAGCGAACAAAACUCCCGUACUGCCACGAAUCUUUCCACAACCUUCAGGAGUUGAGACACAGUGCAUCUCUGGCCAAUAAGGUCUUCAUUCAGAGAGACUACACGGAUGGCACCAUCUGCAAGUUCCAGACCAAGUUCCCCUCCGAGUUAGACAGCAGGAUUGAGAGGACGCUGUUUGAGGACACGGUGAAGAUGCUGAAUAAUUACUAUGCAGAGGCGGAGAAGAUCGGAGGCCAGUCCUACAUCGAGGGAUGUCUGGCCUGCCUCACGGUUUACCUCGUAUUCCUGUGCAUCGAGACGCGCUAUGAGAAGGUGCUGAAGAAGAUCUCGCGGUACAUUCAGGAGCAGAAUGAGAAGGUCUACGCUCCUCGAGGUCUCCUCAUCACAGACCCCAUAGAGAGAGGCAUGAGGGUCAUUGAGAUCAGUGUGUACGAGGAUCGCGGCUCCAGCGGUUCAAGCUCAGGAAGCAGCACAACCAGCAGCGGACGCUGAUUCACACACACACACAAACACACACACACACACACACUCACUC